AUGGCUGCGCAACAAAAGAAAAUCCUCAUAACGGGUGCGACUGGAAAGCAAGGAAGAGCUGUCAUCGAAGCACUUGAAUCCGCCAAUGGAACGCCAUUCCAAAUUCUCGCCAUGACAAGAAAUGCCAACUCCGCAAACGCAAAAGUUUUGGCAGCGAAACCAAAUGUCACAGUUGUCACUGGAGACUCCACCACUCCAAUUGCCAUAUUCAAAGAACACAAACCUAUCUAUGGGGUUUUCAGCGUCACGGUUCUAAGCAAGGUUCCAGAGGACGAACAAGCGAAACCGUUAAUUGAUGCGGCUAUUGAAAAUGGUGUUGAGCAUUUCGUUUUCACAUCUGUAGAGCGUGGAGGUGAUGUGAAAAGUGACAGCAAUCCAACAGAAAUUCCCCAUUUCAAAGUCAAGCAUGUGAUUGAAGAAUACUUGAAGAAGCAGAUCGCCGCAAAGAAUUCUAAUAUGAAGUGGACUAUACUUAGACCAGUCGCCUUCAUGGACAAUCUCACACCGGAUUUCAUGGGCAAAGGUUUCGCAUCCAUGUGGGCGGGUAUCGGGCAAAAGCCACUUCAACUCAUCGCAACCUCAGACAUUGGGCUUUUCGCUGCGAGGGCUUUCAAUGAUCCUGCCAAAUAUCAGGGACGUUCCAUCUCACUCGCCGGAGAUGAGUUGAAUCUUAAGGAUGGCAAAAAGGUCUUCAAGGAAACGAUGGGAUAUGAUAUGCCUGAAACCUUUGGGUUUGUGGGAAGCGGCAUUAAGCUUGCGUCGAAGGAGAUGGGAUCGAUGUUUUCGUGGUUCAAGAGCGAUGGAUUCGGUGUCGAUAUUCAGAAGCUUAAGCAGGAGGAGCCCAAGUUGCAGAAUUUCAGUACUUGGUUGAAGAACGAGAGUGGGUUCAAGCCACAAUGA